AUGGUAUAUGAAAAUUCUCAACCAUCGCUCUCUAACGACCAGAGUGGCAACAAUGGGCUCUACAAGACUAGGUACUUCACGCAAAUCCUCGACCAUUUCAGCUACCGUCCCGAGAGCUACCAGACGUUCCAGCAGAGGUACUUAAUUAACUCCACCUUCUGGGGCGGCCCGCGGAAGAAUGCCCCGAUCUUUGUCUACACUGGGAACGAGGGUGACAUCGAGUGGUUCGCCCAAAACACCGGUUUCAUGUUUGAGACGGCACCCCACUUCAAUGCCCUUCUUGUGUUUAUUGAGCAUCGGUAUUAUGGGAAAUCGAUGCCGUUCGGGGGCAAAAAAGAGGUGGCGUACAGCAACGCAAGCAUGUUGGGCUAUCUCUCCUCGACGCAGACAUUGGCGGACUACGCAACGCUGAUAACCGAUCUGAAGACGAACUUGACAGCCGAGCGUUCGCCAGUGUUGGUUUUUGGAGGUUCUUACGGGGGAAGGUUGGCAGCAUGGUUUAGGCUAAAGUAUCCGCACAUUGCAAUCGGCGCUUUGUCUUCUUCUGCUCCGAUCCUCGACUUUUUCAACGUCACCUCCCCUUAUAUCUUCAACGACAUCAUCACUCGAGACUUCAGGAGCGAGAGCAAGAAUUGCUACAAAGUGAUCAAGCGAUCAUGGCAGAAGAUUGAAGAUACAGUGAAACAACAAGGUGGACUCGAGAUCCUGCGAAAAUCAUUCAGACUAUGCAAGAACUUUAAGGAUGCGGAAUAUCUCACAGGUUGGCUCGAAACUGCUCUCGUUUACGCGGCCAUGACCGAUUAUCCAACUCCUUACAAUUUCCUGACUCCCUUGCCUGCUUAUCCGGUCAAACAGAUGUGCAAGGCGGUAGAUGAUCCGAGCAAAGGGGACGAUGAUUUUGCCAAAUUGUAUGGCGCGGCAAACAUCUACUACAACUACAGCGGCGGCGACUCAUGCUUCGAUCUAAUGGACGAUUCCGAUCCUCAUGGCCUCAGCGGAUGGGGAUGGCAGCUUUGUAGUCAUGGAGUCCUCAUCUGA